AUGUCUACAAACGACGAAGACUUCCUCACCCCUCGGGGUCUGCUCGUCCAGGGCAGUUUCGUCUGCGAUGGACCCUCUUUCAAGGAGUUCCAGGCAGCCGUUGACGCAAGUCUCAAUCUGCCAUAUGAUCAGCAGGGAUUUAUGCGCUGGUGCGGAAUAUCACUGAUGGGUUGGAGCAUUCUCGUCACCCAAUUGAAUCCAAUAGUGGAUACCUGUUAUACAGCUGUGCAAGCCAUUCAGUUGCUCGGAUACGCAUACAGGGAAGUAGGCACAGUCUGUGACCGUAUACUCGAUACUUCAUCCACGGCGGAGCAUGAUUACGACGCGAUGUUCCAGGGUCUGAACGACCUUACAGAUGACCCCGACAAUGGGGAUCUGCGGCAAAAAGUGCAGAAAUUGACUGCUGACCGUCUGGACGGUGUCACAGCUCUGGAGAGCAAGACAGAUGCUACCUUCGGUCAGUUGAACGAAGGCACGGAUGGGGUGAAGAACUGCGAAGACCAGCUCAAAACAAUUCUUAAGAACCUCAACGGCUCGGAGUUGGAAGACGAACUCCGGGAGAGAGAUCCUGCGGAUGACCUGGAGGAUGACCUCACUGCAUUGGGUGUGAUUCGAGAAAAGGUGGCAGCCAUGAACAUGGAAGACCAGUCAGGAGAAGCCAUACACAACAUGCAACUAGUUCUAGGCUCGGUUCGUGUUAUUAUAACCGAUCUCACGGCUAUCGAGGAUUCGAUCGAGAAAGCCAAUGCCCCUGCGAAUGAGAUUAUUCUCGGGCAUGAAAAAGCUAAGAUCAUUAGAAAGUGGAAUGAUCUUGCAGUGGAAGGUGAACUAGAUCUUCUCAAGCAACAGCUUCGCACCGCUGCUGGCAGGCCCAGCCUUCUUGUUAUCCUUCCCAGAGUCCACGGCCUUCUGCAGUGCCUUCUUGUUCUUCUUCAGCGUCUUCAACAACUCGUCCUUCGUUUUGAACUCAUCCGACUUCGCCAGAGCCGCCACCACGAAGGUGUUGGAGCCGGUGGCCCACGACAUGAUCUCAUCUUCGAUCUGCUAGUACAGGAGCCCGUGGAUGUUCAAGACCGGCUGCACCUUCUCCACGGCCUUCUCGGCGGGCUUGAAUCGUCCACCCUGGACCAGAGACUUCAACAACCGGCCCACGAACGGCGAGUCCUUGGUGUCGGCUCUGGAUUUGGCGGCAGCGGCAACGGCCGACAGAGUGGCGCUCUUGUCUCCAUCGGCGUCGAAUAG